GAUCGAUCUGGAGGAUUCGUAGAAGAUAUGUCGAGUUUCAACAGAGGUGUAUCGAGGAAAGAGAAACCGAGACGUCAUCAUGGGUUGACGACGCAGAAGCAAGAGAUUAAGGAAGCUUUUGAGCUAUUUGACACUGAUGGUUCUGGUACCAUUGAUGCUAAAGAGCUUAAUGUUGCUAUGAGGGCGCUUGGUUUUGAAAUGACGGAAGAGCAAAUCAACAAAAUGAUAGCUGAUGUGGACAAAGAUGGAAGUGGAGCGAUAGAUUUUGAUGAGUUUGUUCAUAUGAUGACUGCUAAGAUUGGGAAGAUAUCUCCGGAUGAUAUCAAACGCAUGGCAAAGGACUUGGGUGAGAAUUUCACUGAUGCUGAGAUACUAGAGAUGGUUGAAGAAGCAGACCGGGACCGUGAUGGUGAAGUUAACAUGGAUGAAUUCAUGAGGAUGAUGAGGAGAACAGCUUAUGGUGGUAACUAGAAAGGUUUGUUCUUAACGAUAUUGAUGAGCUCUGUUAUAGUUCUUGAACUGAUGCAUAUUAUCUGUAUAUUACUCGAGGUACACAUAUCAUAGUUUUAAUCUAUAGCUCAUCUUAAAUGGCAAGUCUUGCCGUCUUGGUCUGUCUUUGUAUCGUUGUAAGAUGUAUAAAAUACUUUCUUGGCA